UUCCUGCAGAGGUCGGCGCACGGUCCUGAACGGGGCGAUGAAGCCCUGGAUUUGCUUGGUCCGGUAUUGAGGACGGACCGCCGAGAACUCCAGGCUCACGAUUUCGACGUCGAUUCCGAUCUCGGUCCAGAAGAUGCUCACUGCUUCAGCGAUGUCAGGCAGUUCCGGCACCCCUGGCAGAGUGUGGGCUCCGUACAUCUUCAACUUGAAACCGUCGGGGUAUCCGGCUUGCUCCAGCAAAUCUUUCGCUGCCUCGGGAUCGUAGCCGUAUUCCUCUUCCCACCGAUCUUCCCAUUCCGGGUUCCAGCCGGGCAGAGUGUGGUGGUAGCCAUGCACCAGCAUGGUUGUCCCGCCAUGCCUGAAGAUGAAUUCGUUAAUCUGGUCCCGGCUGAUGGCUUUGUUCAUGGCUUUACGCACCAGGCGACCGUUCUCGCCGGGCUGGGCGUAAGGCACUGUGGCAUCGUAGGCCUCAUCGCCAGUUGUGUAAUACUGGCCGCCCAUUACGAGCCAGGUGAGUAUGGCGCCCAGACCGCUCUGGGAGAUACCCAUGCCCUCUGACACCGCUUGGGCCAGCACGUCCCGGGGCAGUUCGGCCAUGUG